UGUGAUCCGAUUUCAAUUGCAAAUGGAAGCAAAAUUUCGAUUUACAGCGACUGACUUAAUCUCAAAGGGGCGCGUCGAUGCUGCCAACAUACAAAGCAUCAAAGAAUGGUUGGCGUCUGAAAAUCUCCCACGACUGAGCGAUGAACUGAUAUCGCAGUUUCUUAUUUCUACCUGUCACGAUGUACAAAUGGCCACGGUAACAAUCAAGAAUUACUUCCGGAUCAGACAGUCAACACCCGAGAUGUUUUCGGAACGUCAUGUAGAAAAAAUGCUACAAGUGGGAUUCUACUGCGUGUUACCGAGACGCACGGCGGAUAACUGCGCGAUAAUUGUGGUAAAACUACGCGACGGUGACGCGCGAAAGUUCGAUUUUACGGAGCAUCUCCGACUGAUUUGCAUGGUAUUGGAUUUGGUCGUGUACGAGGAUCCACCCGACGGUCUGAUCAGCAUUUUGGACUUGCAAGGGAGCAGUUUGAGGCACCUUACUUCGAUUAGUUUACGAUUGGCCGCCACUUUCGCCGCCUACGUGCAAGAUGCGAUACCGCUCAAAGUGCGAGCCGUACAUCUAAUUAAUGGGGGCGCGGUUCUCCACACUUUGUUUACAAUGUUCGCGCCGUUUCUUAAGGCACAAGUUCGAGAGAUGAUACAUUUGCAAACAAUCGGAGAGGAGUUUCAUACAAACUGGAUUGAGAAAGAGUACCUACCGGGGGAGUACGGGGGCUACUUGGCACCUAUCGAGGUUCACUCUGACGCAACAAUUGGGAAAUUGAGUUUAAGUCAAUGCUGAAUGUGUUUCAAAUUCUCUAAUAAAUGUAAACAAAGUACGAACAACGUAAUGUAAUACUGUAAAUCAAGAAAAGGAGGUAACACUGAUUAAAAUACCGCUCGUAAAGUU